UACAUACAUAUUUCAAAUCAGCUGUUCGGCCAAUUGACCGCAUAACCUCACUUUGCCAGCUGUGUAUGUUUUGUGCAUUUCUAUAAUGAUUUCGCAACAAAUUUUUAAUUCGAUAUACGCACAAUUUUAGCACAUUAGGUAAAAGGUGAAAUAGUGCAAAUUUUUUUUAAAUGUUUGGCAUACGAAUUAAUUAGUAGCGAAUUAAAAAAGAAAACGGUAUACGUGAAUCAUCACUGCGGUGAAAGAAGAAUGGCACGUUCAGCACAAGAUGCGCUCGCCGUAUUGCGGGGCAUACAGUUGGUAGCGGAGGCGUUAUGUCGCGAGCAGAGCGCACAGUGUACACAACGUUGGAAUCAGUCGAGUAUACGUGAACUUUUACUAGGUAAUCUUCAACAAAGCGCAAAUUAUCUCCAACAAGUUGGCGCACAACCAACGGAGGAACUAAAGAAGUUACAACAAUUGCUGCAGGAAACCAGCGAGCGCACUUGUGUGGUAAUUGAGGGUUUACGUCAGUUUAGUGUUGCAAAAGUGCCCACGGAAUUGCGUAUGAGUCAGCAAACGUUGCAACGUACAAUGGGUGAUGUCUUUGGCGGUAGUGGUGUUGCUGGUGGAGCUGGUGGUAGCGGCCAACAGAGCGGUGACGCUAAAAAAAAUAUAAGCGUUAAUUUAAGCGGUGCCGUUGGUAAUAAAACACCCAGCCAUUUAGAUGCCGCACAGCUGGAUAUUUCAUCAAUAACCUUAAAUGAAUUGGAAGAAAUACUAUCGAAACGAAAUAAAAAUCGAGAUAUUAGCUUGCGUACGCCAACUACCGAGCAAAAACUUGUCAAAGAUGUAAACACACACGUAGAACCAAACAUAGAAGCCGUAGCAGCAAAAGCCCCAAAUAUGACAACAACAAAUCCAUCGUCUGAGCAAGCACCACCGGCAGCUUCCUCCUUGAAAGCAGACACCAUUUACGUUGAGAAUAUUUUAAAAGUUAUUGCCGGCCAAACAGAAACGGCAGACAUCAAAAAUUCUACAACAACAAUUGAGCUGCCUACCCUAAGUAAAGUUGCUAAACAGCGACGCGUGCCGUCUAGUCGUUUUGGGCGCAUGGUUUCCUUUGGUGGUCUAUUUGCUGGCUUAGGUGUCGGUACCGUAAAUGAAUUAACCAAGGGUGCACUUGGUCUUGGCGGCUCGAAAAAUUUAAAAGAGGCCCUACUAAGCCCAGCUAAUGCCGAACGUAUUGUAGACACUCUCUGUAAAGUGCGUGGUGCAGCAUUAAAAAUUGGUCAAAUACUCAGUAUACAAGAUUCGAGUGUCGUUUCACCGCAAUUGGCAAGAGCUUUCGAGCGUGUACGUCAGGCGGCUGAUUACAUGCCCGAUUGGCAGGUGGAGCGUGUAAUGAACACACAAUUGGGCGCUAACUGGCGUGAUCUAUUGAAAAGUUUCGAUAAUAAACCAUUUGCGGCUGCAUCUAUUGGUCAGGUGCAUCGCGCUACAUUAAAGGACGGCAUGCAGGUGGCUAUAAAAAUUCAAUAUCCUGGUGUGGCACAAAGUAUCGAGAGUGAUAUUGAUAAUUUAGUGGGUAUGCUUAAAGUAUGGGACGUAUUUCCACAUGGAUUUUUCAUUGAUAAUGUCGUAAAAGUAGCCAAACGAGAACUCAACUGGGAAGUCGAUUAUACACGUGAAGCUGAAUAUACAGAUAAAUUUAAGCAAAUGAUAGCACCAUAUCCCGAAUAUUAUGUGCCUAAGGUUAUCAAGGAAUUGACUACUAGUAGCGUGCUGACAACGGAAUUGGUGCCGGGUGUGCCAUUGGAUAAAUGCUUCGACUUAAGCUAUGAGCAUCGUCAUCACAUCGCCUCUUCGGUGCUCAAGUUGUGUUUGCGUGAAUUAUUUGAGCUGGAGUGUAUGCAAACGGAUCCGAAUUGGUCGAACUUUCUAUACGACGCCGAGACGAAACGUCUAAUGUUAAUUGAUUUCGGUUCAACACGUUUUUAUCAAAAGCAAUUUAUAAAAAAUUAUCGUCAAGUUAUAAUAAACGCUGCAGAGAAUAAUCGUGCUGGCGUUUUGCAAAUGUCACGUGAAAUGGGUUUCCUCACUGGCUAUGAGACGAAACAAAUGGAGGAGGCGCAUGUAGAUGCCGUGAUGAUACUUGGUGAAAUGUUUCGCUUUGAUGGUGAAUUCGAUUUUGGCAAGCAGAAUACCACCGAACGCAUCGCCCAUUUGGUCCCCACCAUGGUAGCGCAUCGUCUAUGCCCACCACCGGAGGAAAUCUAUUCUAUACAUCGCAAAUUAUCGGGUAUAUUUCUGUUGUGCGCACGCUUAAAUGUACGUCUCAACUGUCGGCCGUAUUAUGAUGAAAUUGUUAUUAAGAAAUUUAAGGAGUGAAAGUAGUUUUUAGUGAAAAUAUAUUCUCCCAUCCACUUUACUUUUACUAACUGUCUAAUUCCUUGGGUGCAAGCGUUAAACUUAAUUAAAAAAAAAUGUGUUAAGCUUAAGCGUAGAGUUAGCAUCAAAUACAUACAUACAUAUGUA